GCGAGGGCGGCCUGGCACGUCCUCGAGCUCCGCCGGCUUGCCGCGCGUCCUUCUGCCGGCGUCGGCUCUUAUUCCCGGAGUCCGCCAGCCCGUGCCGGGGUGCGGACUGGCCCUGGGCUUCCGUGCAGCUCGGCUUCGGACGAUCCUCGCGGGAGCCAUGGGCCGCCGGCUCGGCAGGGUGGCGGCGCUGCUGCUCGGGCUGCUGGUGGAGUGCACAGAGGCCAAAAAACAUUGCUGGUAUUUUGAAGGACUCUAUCCCACAUACUAUAUAUGCCGUUCCUAUGAAGACUGCUGUGGCUCCAGGUGCUGUGUGCGGGCCCUCUCCAUACAGAGGCUGUGGUAUUUUUGGUUCCUGCUGAUGAUGGGUGUGCUGUUCUGCUGUGGAGCCGGUUUCUUCAUUCGCCGGCGCAUGUAUCCACCACCACUCAUUGAGGAGCCCACAUUCAAUGUGUCCUAUACCAGGCAGCCACCAAAUCCUGCUCCAGAAUUAACAGGUUCCUAGCCAAGAAAGAAAAGCAAAAUCAUCCUAUUCCUCAAGUGAUUCAGAUGAAAACUGGUACAAAAUCAGGUACAACUCCAAGAGACGACAUUGGAAAGAAGGAAGCAAGAAUUCACAAUGGUGAGACUAAGGUUUAAACUGAAUCAUGGUCAUUGGUUCUACCAAAUGGAGUUUAACAUUUGUAACCUGAAAACUUGGUCAUGUUUAAAUUGUGGUUGUGGUUUGUCCAGUAAUCAAAUUUAUUCUCUCGAGAGAAAAAAAGAAAAAGAAAAAGAAAAAGUAAACUGACAUAGAAACUAGUUCUAGGUUUUUAGGGAUAUUGCUGUCAAGAACCUGACUAAACUGGUUUGGUUUUGUUGUUGUUUUGGCUUAUUUGUUCAUUUGCUUGUUUGUUUUUAGAAAUGAUGAAAUCUCUGGGAAUCUGAACUAGAAAAGUGGUUGAAUUCUAUAAGCAGGGCUUAUCAGGUUGUCCUACCAGUAGACUAAGACUGGAGAGAAAGGAAGAUUGUAGCAGGAGGGCCCAAGAGGCUCAGGAAAGAAGCAAGAACUGUAAGAGCAACUAGGCUCCAUACAUACUAGUGCAUCUGGUAGCACCUAUCUCGCCAAGGUCCAGCCUCAGCAAGAAGAGGGUCAUGAGAAAGGGGGAAUGAGAGCAGCACUGAUUCAAUAAUAAUUCGGAGUCAGUGGUGGUUGCAAGCUGUCAAUUCAAGUACUCUUUCAUCUUUCUUCCUUCUCCUUUCUUUUUCAUUCUUUCAACCAGAGAGCCUGAACCCAGACUUUUAUUUACUAAAGCCAUGUCUUUGAACAUUGUUAAUGUUUUUAGAAAACCUUAAAUUUAUAUAAAUUGUAUGAAUUCCAGAUCAUUAGUCUCAACCACUGCUUUCUCAAAAACAGAAACUAAACACCAAGCAGAAGCACAUAUCCUUACAGUUUUUACACAGCCUGUUCUUCAUGGGUAACUAGGCACAGCUCUUGGGUCUCCUGGUAUAGCACACAGCAGUCCUUCGUAACUACUUUCAUGGAAGAACAGAAAAGUGACAGACUACUUAGGUUGAAAUAAUUUCUCACAAAGCUUUAAAACUUAUGAAAGUAAAGCAGCAGGCUCUCUCCGAUCUCUCUCUAGGCAGGGUCAUCUCCAAUCCUUCCAGUAGCCAGGAGAACAAAGUGCUAACUUUUCCUAUGCUUGUAUUUCAUCUUUUAAUGCUCUAAUUUUUGUUCCCUGUCCUAGCAAUUCCAUGGCAUCUUGUCCAAAAUUGACAACCUCUCUAUGAACAUUAAUUCACUAGCCCACCAUCCUUUUCUAUUAAACUAUACUCUCCUUCUAAUACUAUUUGUUUCUAGAUCAUAUACAAGCCUUCCUCCUAUAAGAUAAACCCAUCUAUCCAUUGCUUUUUUUGUAUAGAGUCUUUCUUCUUUCUUAUCCAUGCCUUGUCUUCUUAGACCACUUGAACUCUUUGUCAUUGAUAUCCCCAAGUUCACCUGGCUAAUUUAAUUCAGCAGUCAUUGGACCAAAGAGUAUAUGUAUCUCCUCAUAUAAUUCCAAGUUGAAGGCCAAGUUGAAGCAAUUUCUACAAAUAACCAUGUAGGCCUUUAUGGCCUCUGUGGUUAUGUUGUCUAGAUCCUUCCCCAUGGCCCUAAAGGGCAAGAAUGCCUGUUCCUCACCCUCCCCAGCCUUAUGACCACCUCCAUUCCUUAUUCUUGAGAACCGAAUGCUUCAUUUAUUAGAGUGAUUAGCUCCAAGCAAUGGGGGAAGUAUACGCCCCAGAAAGAGAGACUGAAAGUAAAAUAGAAGAGACAGCAGAUCAGCUUCAGGGCAACAGCAGCCAUCAGCACACCCAGGGAAUGAUGAUGAGCCAGGGCCAGGGAACUGUGUCACACCUCCCCUUACAUAGCCAUGCUGGACCUGGCACUAUCUGUAUGUCUAUCAUCUAUUUAAUUAUAUAUAAUCUGUUAUCCAUCAACCUAUCAUCUAACAUCCAUCUAUCUGUUUUCCCUCAAUCUCUCUACCUAUUCAUCUAUACAUAUGCACUAGGAAAUAUGUAUACACAAUUUUUUUCCUACUUAACUAACCAUUCAUAUGUUCUUUUGAUAAAGAAGCUAUGUGGUCUGCAAAGAAAUAGCUUAACUUUUCUGACUUGUGACCCUUUUCUUUCUUUUUCUGCUUUAUAGUGACUAACACUAUAUUGAAAAAAGUGGGAUAGUGAACAGCUCUGUCUUAGUCCUGAUUUUAUUUAUUUUUGCUUUGUGUUUUUAUGGUUUGUUUUGUUGUUUGUUUUGAGAUAGAUUUUCUUUCCAUGUUACCUGGGCUGGCCUGGAACUUACUAUGUAGACUUAAAUUCACAGAGAUCUCCUGACCUCUGGCUCCUGAGUACUGAGAUUAAAGGAGCACACUACCAUG